AUGGUGAUGCCGAUGGUGGUGAUGAUGCCGGGCCCCUCACAGCCGCCCUUUGCACCCACCGCAGUUGACCCCAACAAGAAGCGCCGGGAGGCCGUGAAGAGGAAGAUCACCCAGUACCUGCGGCGCGCCGAGGAAAUCUUCAAUUGCCACCUGCAGCGGGCGGCGGGGGGCGGCAGCAGCACCGCCACGGGCUACAGCAGCCUGCGCUUCCGGCCCAUCCGGACACUGAGCUCAGCAGUGGAGAACCUGAGACGGUGUAAGGUUGUGGGAGUGAUUGAUAAGGUGCAGAUUGUCCAGGAUCCAGCCACUGGUGAGACCUUUAUACUCAAGAGCCUCCCCAAAUCCCACGUUGAGACCCGUGAGCGACAGACCAUCAUCCCUCAUGGGGUCCCCUUCAUGGUCAAGCUGUUGUGCUACUAUGUGAGUGAGGACUCCAUCUUCCUCCACCUGGAGCAUGUGCAGGGGGAGACACUGUGGUCUCACCUCCGCUCCAAGUAUUGUGUCCAGCAGGACUGUGCCAAUUCAAACACCAUUCAGGCCCUGAGGGACCGUGGCACAGAGGAUGGUGUGGGAAACUCCCAGGGUGGUAGCCAAGUAUCCAUCCUCCCUGUUUGGACAGGCAGUGGCCUCCCAGGCGCUGUGAACUACCGAGUACUGGGAAACACUGAUGCCUCACUACCGCAGGAGCAGUCCCCUGGCCCCACAGACUCUGGCUCAGGGAACCACUGCCAGCUUCUCCUGGCUCCUGCUGGUGGCAGGGUGGCUGCACCUGGAGGACAGGAUCUGAGUGUGACACAGACUGUGUCUGGUGUUGUGGACCAUUUUUCACCAGCCUCAGACAAAUGCCCUGGCCACCUUGCCAGCCAGGGCCUGGUUGUCUACCCAUGGAAUGAUCUAACCAGCAGCACAGGCUGCAUCUCUGAGAGAACAGCCUCCCAACAAAGCCCCAGGCUUCCCCAGGGGUUUGUCCCUGUACCAAAGACUGCGAGAGGGGGCCAGCCAGGGGCAGGGGAACUGCCAACUCAGAAAGUGUCUGAGGCCUCCCAGGCUCAGCCCCUCCUGACCUUGGGUGAGAGGCAGCUUCCUGCUGGAGUUGCCCUGUCCAGCUCUGACAAACCCAGUGUGCCUGACCCAGCCGUGUGGGAGCCCUCGUGGGGAGCAAGCCUGACCUCUGGCCGGCUCAGCAAACAGCCACCAUCAGGACAAUGCAGGGUUUUGGCUUCCCAUGGGAACAACCAGAGAGCCUGGGCUGUAAAGGAAGAGCAGGUGCAGCUGUGGGCAGCAGAAAUCCUCCUGGCCUUAGAGGGACUUCACCAACAGGGUGUAUUGUGCUGUGACCUCAACCCCAGGAACCUGCUGCUUGAUACAGCUGGUCAUGUCCGUCUCACCUUCUUUGGCCAGUGGACAGAGGUGGAGCCCCAGUACUGCAGCCAGGCACGAGAAGAGCUGUACAGCGCUCCAGAAGUGGGGGGGAUCAUGGAGCCCACUGAAGCAGCUGACUGCUGGAGCUUUGGCUCUCUGUUGUAUGAGUUGCUGACAGGAGUGCCACUCUCACAAAACCAUCCAUCAGGGAUUCAUCCUCACACCCAGCUGCAUCUGCCAGAGGGCCUCAGCCUGGCUGCGACAUCGCUGCUCACUGAGCUCCUGCAGUACAAUCCAAAACGGCGCUUGGGCUCUGGAGGAGGUGGCAUAACAAAGCUGAAGUCUCACUCCUUCUUCAGCACAGUCCCAUGGAACAAGCUGGUGGGCUAGGCAGGCUGUCCUUCCCCCAAGGAGCUGGGCCCUGAGCCGCUUCCCUGGCACUUGUGACCCCAGGUGGCACGGGCAGCACUGCCUGCUGGGGAAGGCUUGCCUCAAAGGCGGCCCUGAGGUGGGGUACACAUGAGGCUUUGCAGCCUUACAUGUCCUUCUGUCUCUGCUUCUGUUUGUUGGCAUCUUCAAAGAGGAGGCAUCAUGUUGGGCCAGGCUGUCUUCUCCAGGUCCUCUCUGGUGGGAAAAGGAACCUGGGUGCUCACCUCUGGGAAGUGGUGGUGUUCCCCUUCUUGGGGCAUCUCUUCCUCAGUUCAGCACCUUGCCCUGGAACUCCCUGUGUUUUUUAUCUCUGCUGCUACCACAGUGACUCCCCUGUUCUGUUACUUUUUGUGGCUUUCAAAUGCAGCCCCUCUGGGCCCUGCUGGCUGGAGCCCAAGCCCGUGGUCUCUGCCCCUCCCUGAAUGCAUGUGUGUGUGGGUCAUCCCUGCUGCAGGGGUGACACAAGAAGGAGCCCUCUGCUCUUCUCCCCCUUGCCCUCUGAAAAAAAUAAACUAUUCAGUAUCACUUAGAGAAGUGUCCUUUUGUUUCUGAGCUGCACCAGCCAGGUGUAGGCCAAGCCUACUAAGUGACAGAGAGCCCUAAAUCUGUUUGUGAAACUUGCCUCAAAGCUCUGGGUUGGUGUCACCCCCAGCCAUCAGCAGCCUGCAGCCAAACCCCAAAAGGUGGCACUGAAUGCCUGGCCUUCUGUCCCUGUGCUCCUGCUUGCCCCAUAGCACCUCAGGUCUGCAUGGCUGCAGUUCGGAUUUGGGAAAUGCCUGGGUUUUCUUCCAGCCUUUUGUCAUUGUUGUAUGUUGUGGCUCCAGCCUUCCUUUCCACUGGCAGGACAGCAGCCAUGCUUUGAAUAUGGGCAUCCCUGGUAAGCAACACAGGUAGGAUUUGAAGGGGUGAACUCUGAGAGGCAGCACAGAGGGAAGGAGGCCAAGUGUACAAACUCCUGGCUUAAAGGAAAAGCAGCACAAACAGAUGUGUCUGCUGACAGCCUGAAGUGGAGGCUGCUGUGCUCAGCUGUGCAAGUCAAAGCCACAGGCUAAAGGAUGAGCUCACAAUGGCAGUGGUGCAGUUCUGGCCCUCCUCUCCCAGCACCCCCUCACACUGCUCAGUUCCCACCCAUAGUAAGGAAUUACUGGUACCAGCAGCACAUCUCCGUGGCUAGCUGCUUCCAGCUCCUGCUUGCACUCAGCAGUAAAGACACCCUCCGAGGCAGCAGCAGGUGUGCUCGCCCACCAGAGGGAAGCAGAGCUCUAGAUAAACUCAUCUCCUACAGCAGCAAAGGUAUGGACACCUCAAUUGCUGUGCAGAAACUGGAGGACUGAGCAAGGAGCUGACCACUACUGCCACAGAAGGCCAGAGAGUAGGAGCAGCUGAGCCUGGGCCUUUUCUUCACCAUGGCAGUUCACACUGGCUGAACCCUCCAGCUGCAGCCUUGCAUGCCUGUGUACCAGCUCCCUAGUCCUGUGAUUCAGAGGAGGUUCAGGAAGGACCCUGUGUCCAAAGCCACAGCAUGGCAUCUUGCAACUCAGUGCCAUGGGUGUCACCCAAGUCAAAAGGAAGUUUCAAGCACUGCUCUCUUACAGCAUACCUUGACAGGGCAGAAUAAUGCAGUUUGCUAAGCUGCAUAAUUUUAAGACCUUGAUUGUAUAUUCCUUUCCCAGUUGGUGCAAAGGCCUCAUUUAUUGCAGCUCCAGACAGAAUAAAGGCUUCCCCAGGCUUAUAUACAAAGUGAAGGUGGACCCUCUGUAUCCUAAACCAGCAGAGAGGCUGAGUGCAAGCAGCAGUUUUUAAUCAAAACCUUCUCUUCCACUCAACUUAUUUGUGCAAGCAUUAGCUCUCUACUCUUCCCAGAACAAGAGUUUUUUCUGCUUGCCCUAACCUACCUUAGCCAGGGCCAGAAAAAAAAGUUGACUCUGCACUCUGCUUUUGUCCUCAGCUGCCAGGAAAAUGCAGGCACCACUACUAGGAACUGCUCUCCCUUUCAUCCACAUGGCAGCUGUGAGUCCAAUCAUUUUCUGUCAGAAGGGACUGCCUUCUUCACCUGUAGCUGGGAAGAGUGAACCAUCUCUGAAAUUCAUGUCAGCUGGGAAAACCCUGCCAUGAUCCAGGAAAGAUUUUGUUUUGUCCCAACAAGGUCUGCUUCUUGGGGAAACACCCAGCAUCACAACCAGCUUCCACUGUUCCUUGUUCUUGUUUCCUUUCUCCCUCUUCAACAGUCUUUUCCACAGCUGCAUGAACUACAACUCUCCCCUCUUGCAGCAGUAAAAACUUCUGAAAAACUUUAUGAGCCUGUCCCAAGUCUCCCUCUUGGCCAUCAUGCCCUUUAGCUAACACUGGGAAUUCCUCACCAUCUGUAACAGUUCUAUUGCUAGAAAAUGAUGAUUUCCAGCCCUAAAAAACUCUUUGCUGGGAAGAGCCAAUUCUUUGGCAGAGAGUUUGAGGACAGCAGUGUUUCCAGGCAGAGAAGACUCAAUUUCAGCUGCCACUGCCUCUUUUCUUUCACCACCAGAUAACAGCACUCACGCACUACACUCCUGGAGGAUGCCAGUCCUCGCCCCCUCAAACACACCCCACCUUGCAGUCGUUGCACAGUUUUAUUUCAUUUAAAAUCCGCUGUGUUAAAUAUUUUUGUUACAAGUUCUGUGUAGGGGGUAAGAGUA